ACCAGUCUGACCUUCGAUGCRUCUUUGUGACRRCUGGGAACACAACAGUUUCCCGCCCGACUACGACUACACCUCUGUCAACUACAACUACGCUAACAACUACAACCAACCAACCCCUGACAACAACUACAACCAACCAACCCAUGACAACAACUACAACCAACCAACCCAUGACAACAACUUCACCUCCUACAUCCUCCACCCCAAAUGGGACACCAAACCCAGGACCAUAUUAUGUUUUGGCUCUGAAUGCAGAGAUCUUAACAACACUGUCAAUGGAGACUGACUCUGCAACCAUCAUGAACCUGAUCAAAGAGGAGCUGAGAAGACAAGGACUGUCUUCUGACAUAACGCUAAAGCUGCUAGGCAGUACUUUAGUGGGAGUUACAACUCAAGGCCCCUAGUGGCUAAAAUAUUAUAAAUCUGAUCUUUCCUGGGAAAUGUGGAAACACACUUCCCAGGAAAGAUCAAAUUUAUUAUGCAAAAUCAUUUGCAUUGAUUUUCCAAUCAAUGCAAACGGAAAUUUUAUAGUAUUGUGUUCAAUAUGUUCAAAUACUGUAAAGUCAUAAUGCUCUCAAUCAUAAUUUCUAAUUGUCAAUAAAARCAAACAUAAUAAAAUUAUAUGCCAAAAC